AUGAAAAUGUUGGAGAUUUGCUUGAAAUUGGUGGGUUGCAAAUCGAAGAAGGGGCUUUCCUCCUCCUCCAGCUGCUACCUGGAAGAAGCCCUUCAGAGACCAGUAGUGUCAGACUUCGAGCCCCAAGGUCUGAGCGAAGCAGCUCGCUGGAACUCCAAGGAAAACCUCCUGUCCUGUCCUAGUGAGAAUGACCCCCAUCUCUUUGUUGCACUGUAUGACUUUGUGGCGAGUGGGGACAACACUCUCAGCAUAACUAAAGGUGAAAAGCUGCGUGUCCUGGGCUACAACCACAACGGGGAAUGGUGCGAGGCCCAAACCAAGAACGGACAAGGCUGGGUGCCCAGCAACUACAUCACCCCAGUGAAUAGUUUGGAGAAGCACUCCUGGUACCACGGGCCGGUGUCUCGUAACGCAGCCGAGUACCUGCUGAGCAGCGGGAUCAACGGCAGCUUCCUCGUGCGAGAGAGUGAGAGCAGCCCUGGCCAGAGAUCCAUUUCCCUGCGGUACGAGGGCAGGGUGUACCACUACAGGAUAAACACUGCCUCCGAUGGAAAGCUGUACGUCUCUUCGGAGAGUCGCUUCAACACCUUAGCAGAGCUGGUCCAUCAUCACUCCACGGUGGCAGAUGGGCUCAUCACCACUCUGCACUACCCGGCCCCCAAGCGCAACAAGCCCACCAUCUACGGCGUGUCUCCCAACUACGACAAGUGGGAGAUCGAGCGCACCGACAUCACCAUGAAGCACAAGCUGGGUGGAGGCCAGUAUGGAGAGGUCUACGAGGGAGUCUGGAAGAAGUACAACCUUACGGUGGCUGUGAAGACUCUGAAGGAGGAUACCAUGGAGGUGGAAGAGUUCUUGAAAGAAGCUGCAGUAAUGAAGGAGAUCAAGCAUCCGAACUUGGUACAAUUAUUAGGGGUGUGCACACGGGAACCUCCUUUCUACAUCAUCACGGAGUUCAUGACGUACGGGAACCUGCUGGAUUACCUGCGGGAGUGCAACCGGCAGGAGGUGAACGCUGUGGUGCUGCUCUACAUGGCAACCCAGAUCUCCUCAGCCAUGGAGUACCUGGAGAAGAAGAAUUUCAUUCACAGGGACCUUGCUGCCAGAAACUGCCUUGUAGGGGAGAACCACUUGGUGAAGGUGGCAGACUUUGGCCUGAGCAGGCUAAUGACAGGCGACACAUACACUGCCCACGCCGGAGCAAAAUUCCCCAUCAAGUGGACUGCACCAGAAAGCCUGGCCUACAAUAAGUUCUCCAUUAAAUCAGACGUCUGGGCCUUUGGCGUUCUGCUGUGGGAAAUUGCCACCUAUGGUAUGUCCCCUUACCCUGGGAUUGACCUGUCCCAAGUGUAUGAGCUGCUGGAGAAAGACUACCGUAUGGAGCGCCCUGAAGGCUGUCCAGAGAAAGUGUAUGAGCUCAUGAGAGCAUGCUGGCAGUGGAGCCCUUCUGACAGACCCUCCUUUGCUGAGAUCCAUCAGGCCUUUGAAACGAUGUUUCAGGAAUCCAGCAUAUCAGAUGAGGUGGAGAAGGAAUUGGGAAAGAAGGGCAUGAGGAGUGUAGUGAGCAAUUUCCUCCAGGCCCCAGAGCUACCAACCAAAACGCGAACGUCGAGGAGAGCUGCUGAAAGCAAAGAUGCCAAUGAGGGCUUGGAGACUGCACAUGCCCGAGGCCAGGGGGAGUGUGACCCUCUGGAUCACGAACCUGCUAUUUCUCCCUUGCUCCCACGGAAGGAGAGGGUGGCCCUGGAGAGCAGCUUGAACGAAGAUGAGAGGCUGCUACCGAAGGACAAAAAGCACAACCUCUUCAGUGCCCUUAUCAAGAAGAAGAAGAAGACAGCCCCUACCCCUCCAAAACGGAGCAGCUCCUUCAGAGAGAUGGACGGGCACGCGGAGCGCAGGGCGGGCGGGGAGGAGGAGUGCAGGGACCCUGGCAAUGGAGCUUUCAUUGCACCCCCUGCAGACCCAGCCGACCCCUCCAAGUUUCAGAGCCCGAGCAACGGGGCCGGUGUCACCAACGGGGUCGUUGCUGGGAACUCUGGCUUCCUGUCUCCCCACUUACGGAAGAAGUCCAGCACGAUGAGCAGCAGUCGAGGGGUGCCUGGUGAAGACGAGAGUAGUUCCAACUCCAGCAAGCGCUUCUUGAGGUCCUGCUCAGCCUCCUGUGUGCCCCACGGAGCAAAGGACACAGAGUGGAAGUCUGUGACUCUGCCUCGGGAUCUGCAGUCCACGGGACGCCAGUUUGAUUCCUCCACUUUUGGGGGGCACAAAAGUGAAAAGCCAGCGCUGCCUCGGAAGCGGGCAAACGAGGCCAAGACUGACCUUGCUGUCAGGGGAACGGUGACCCCUCCUCCACGGCUGCUUAAGAAAAAUGAAGAGACCACUGAUGAUGUGUUCAAGGAUGCAGAGUCGAGCCCUGGAUCCAGCCCUCCCACUCUGACGCCAAAACUCGGCCGUAGGCAGCCUGCUGCCCCUCCUUCCUCCAGCGUGCUCCACAAGGAUGAGGGAGUCAAAGCCAGUGCCUUAGGUACCACUGUGACGAUGGACCAAGGUUCCACUGCCAAACCUAACCCUGCUGGGUUCGUGGGUGCCAGCAAAGCUUCCUCUGAGGAGCCCCGGCUGAGGAGGCUCAAGCAGGCCUCUGAGCCGGCAGGGAAGGACAAAGGGAAGCUAUCCAAGCUGAAGCCGGCCCCUCCGCUUCCGCUGUCCUCAUCCUCCAUCAGCAAGCCUGGGAAGGUUUCUCACAGUCCCAGCCACGAGGCAGCAGCAGCAGAUGUGGUGUCUGGGCCGAAAUCCAAACAGUUGACUCAGGUUGGAGAGGCUGUGAGCAGCGAUGCUGUCAAGCCAAACCCAUCAGGGGAAGGUGUGAAAAAGCUGGGGAUCCCCUCUGUACCAAAGCCACAGUCCUCUACAAAGCUGCUGCUGAGCACGGCAACCCCAGCUGCCUCUGCCUCAUCCGUGCCCUCCGCCCCGGGCGGGGACCAGCCGUCCUCCACAGCCUUCAUCCCUCUCAUAUCCACCCGGGUGUCGCUGCGGAAGACCCGGCAGCCCCCGGAGAGGAUCGCCAGCGGCACCAUCACCAAAGGGGUGGUGCUGGAGAGCACCGAGGCUCUGCGGGUCGCCAUCAGCAAGAACUCGGAGCAAAUGGCGAGCCACAGCGCCGUCUUGGAGGCUGGCAAGAACCUCUACACCUUCUGUGUGAGCUACGUGGACUCCAUUCAGCAGAUGAGGAACAAAUUUGCCUUCCGGGAGGCCAUCAAUAAGCUGGAGAAUAACCUAAGGGAGCUUCAGAUCUGCCCAGCGACAGCUGGCAGCGGUCCUGCGGCCACCCAGGACUUUAGCAAACUGCUCAGUUCAGUGAAAGAAAUCAGCGACAUUGUUCAGAGGUAG